ACUACAUGCAGCCAAAAAGAAACAACAACAACAACGUCUGUGUUUUACGUGCGUGAAAAUUAGUUAAGUUUUUAUGAAAAAAACUUAGUUGGCUGAUCUUAAGAGAGUGUUGAAUUGAUCCAUAUGCUGCGGGGGAGUGCGGGGCAAAGGGCUUUAAUCAGCAGGACAGGCUAAAAGGUUCCAGAAACGUGAAUUUCGCGAAAGUGAAAACGGGGCAGUGCUGUGGAAAACGGAACAAAACGGUGCCAAAAUCGAAAAGAAUAGCUGCGAAAAGGAACGGGCAAUAAAACAGGAGGUGUAGACAAACGCGGUCAUCAAAGAUAUAGUCAAUUUAUCUGCCCUUGCAACCGAUUUGCCAGCGAAACAACAAGAAGUAACUGUUCAAGACCAACACCCACACACGCACUCCUAAACAAAUUGUGUACAUAUAUAUUGCGUAGUGCGGCGCUUGAAAAGCUGUUUCCAUCACCAUCUCCAUCGCGAACUCACUCCGAAAACCACUCCGCACAUGUCCUAUAUGAUGGCCAAGACCCUGGAGGAGCAGAGCCUGCGGGAAUGCGAGCACUACAUUCAGACCCAUGGCAUCCAGCGCGUCCUCAAGGACUGCAUCGUCCAGCUGUGCGUCUGCAGACCAGAGAAUCCCGUGCAGUUCCUGCGACAGUACUUCCAGAAACUCGAGCGGGAACAAGUAAAACUGGAUGCCAGUAGACAGGUAAUCAGCCCCGACGACUGCGAAGAUCUCAGCCCGAUGCCACAGACAGCAGCUCCACCGGUGCGCAGACGCGGAGGAAUCUCCGCUGAGCCCGUCACCGAGGAGGAUGCCGCAAACUACGUGAAGAAGGUAGUGCCCAAGGACUACAAGACGAUGAAUGCCCUGUCCAAGGCGAUUGCCAAGAAUGUGCUCUUUGCCCAUUUGGAUGAGAGUGAGCGUUCCGACAUUUUUGAUGCCAUGUUCCCAGUGAAUCACAUUGCCGGCGAGAAUAUCAUCCAGCAGGGCGACGAAGGCGACAACUUCUAUGUGAUUGAUGUGGGCGAGGUCGAUGUCUUCGUCAACUCCGAACUGGUGACCACAAUCAGCGAGGGCGGAAGCUUUGGCGAAUUGGCCCUGAUCUAUGGCACUCCACGCGCCGCCACCGUGCGGGCCAAAACCGAUGUAAAGCUGUGGGGCAUCGACCGCGACUCCUACCGCCGCAUCCUGAUGGGCUCGACCAUCCGCAAGCGCAAGAUGUACGAGGAGUUCUUGUCGCGCGUCUCCAUUCUUGAGAGCCUGGACAAAUGGGAGCGCCUCACGGUGGCCGAUUCCCUGGAGACCUGCUCUUUCGAUGAUGGCGAGACGAUUGUCAAGCAGGGAGCAGCCGGCGAUGAUUUCUACAUCAUCCUCGAGGGAUGUGCGGUGGUGCUGCAGCAGCGUUCCGAGCAGGGAGAGGAACCCGCCGAGGUAGGACGUCUGGGUAGCAGCGAUUACUUUGGCGAGAUUGCUCUGCUUUUGGACCGACCACGGGCGGCGACCGUUGUGGCCCGCGGGCCGCUCAAGUGCGUCAAACUGGACCGGGCGAGAUUUGAACGCGUUUUGGGUCCUUGCGCCGACAUUCUCAAACGCAACAUCACGCAGUAUAACAGUUUCGUUUCGUUGUCCGUUUAAGCCAGCAACAACGAUAAGAACCACUACAAAAAAUCAACAACAAAGAGCAGCAGCAUAAAAAACAACAACAACAGACAAACAAACAACGCAGCGAACGUCAAAAACAACAUGAAGGCGGAUGAGAAAUAGGUGGAUAGAAAAACAAACGCUCAGCAGCAUAAAGAAGAAAUCGUAAACUAUAUAAGUGUGUAAAGUUAAUUGCCGCAAAGCCAUGGGAUUCUCGAUUCUGUCAGAGAUACAGAAUGCGCGGGGGGCUGAGGGCUAAAAAAUGUUAAUUAUCUGAUUCUGUAUGUUGUGCUGAAGUUACAUAAUUGUGUAUGUGUGUGUCUCUGUGCAAAGGUUGCGGCGGCAUGUUCCCCACCCCGCAACCCUCGACAUCGGAGAUAGUUUUCCCAGGCUUCAUCUAUAUACUUCUCUUAACUUCUUCAAAUUCUCUAAAAACUUUUUGUAUAACUAAUGGAACAUGCUGCCUCCCUAAAAACAAAAACGUUUCAUUAAAUAUCCAACAGACAUCUGAAUGUUUUUUAACAAAGAAAUAAACAAGAUGAAUAUAUGUGUAAUAAAUAAAAUCAUACAAAAAAGGCAACACACACAGGCACAAAACACAGACACACGAACUCACACACUCUCAUACGAGGCAUAUAGUCAUGGAAAAGUAGGAAAGGAAUGAAAAAAUUGUAUUUCGCUUGUAUGAUUCGUUAUUUUUUGUCUAGAACAAAAACACAUCGGCAGCAAUUAAUUAACCAUUUUAAUUUUAAUUUUAGUAAAUUAUUCUUAAACGUGAACGCUUAGCACAUGAAGUCAGCGUGUCAGAAACUAUUUAAUUAAAUUUUAAAAUCAAUGAAAAAUGCA